AAGGCCCAUUGAGAGCCAGAGCGGUUUACGCCAUUUUGGUGCAAGUCCUGUUGUUCAGUGUCGUGGUGAUCGGCUUGUAUCCAAGCCAUCUCUGCAUGUGGGUCACUAAGAGGAUUAUAUAUUAGUGUAACAAUGAGUACUAACGCCAACAACACCAGCAAGGUGUCUACAACGGAUAGGGUCAUCAAAAGCGAGGCAGCAACGAAUGGUCGACCCAUCAAAAGCGUGCCGUUCCCCCCGUCACACAAGUUAACAUGUACGGAGGUGUUCGAUCCGAAGACGGGGAAGCCGAAGUUCGAGUGGCUCAAGAACCACUUCAUCCUGGAGGGCCGCAUCGAGGAGGCGGCCGCCCUUCGCAUCAUCAACGAGGGCGCGGCGCUCCUCCGGCAGGAGAAGACCAUGAUCGAUAUCGAGGCCCCAGUCACUGUGUGCGGUGACAUCCACGGGCAGUUCUAUGACCUCAUGAAGUUAUUUGAAGUUGGGGGUCCGCCCAGCUGUACCAAAUAUCUGUUCUUAGGGGACUAUGUAGACAGGGGCUACUUUAGUAUAGAGUGUGUUCUAUAUCUCUGGGCGCUUAAGAUAUGCUAUCCCAACACUUUAUUUCUAUUAAGAGGAAACCACGAAUGUAGGCAUUUAACUGAGCAAGAUCAAAUACAGUGAGCGAGUAUAUGACGCGUGCAUGGAGGCUUUCGACUGCCUGCCUCUCGCCGCCCUCAUGAACCACCAGUUCCUGUGCGUCCACGGAGGCCUCUCGCCGGAGAUCCACACACUCGACGACAUUAGGAAGCUGGACCGAUUCAAGGAACCCCCUGCAUUUGGACCUAUGUGCGACUUGCUAUGGUCAGACCCCUUGGAGGAUUUCGGCAAUGAAAAGAAUGCUGAACACUUUUCUCACAAUUCAGUACGAGGUUGUUCUUACUUCUACAGCUAUGCAGCUUGCUGUGACUUCCUACAACAUAACAAUCUUCUCUCCAUAAUCAGAGCCCAUGAAGCUCAAGAUGCAGGGUAUCGUAUGUAUCGCAAGAGCCAAACAACUGGUUUUCCAUCCCUUAUCACAAUAUUCUCAGCUCCUAACUACCUGGACGUGUACAAUAACAAGGCCGCCGUGUUGAAAUACGAGAACAAUGUGAUGAACAUUCGACAAUUCAACUGUUCACCUCAUCCUUAUUGGCUCCCGAACUUCAUGGAUGUCUUCACAUGGUCACUACCAUUUGUAGGGGAGAAAGUAACGGAGAUGUUAGUGAACGUGCUCAACAUAUGUUCUGAUGAUGAGCUCAUGGAUGGAGAGGAGUCACUAGAAGAAGCAACAGCAGUGCUAAUUGUGCCGGAAAAAGGUGCAGCAUUGCGGAAGGAGGUCAUCAGGAACAAAAUUCGCGCCAUUGGCAAGAUGGCUCGUGUAUUCUCUGUCUUAAGAGAGGAGAGCGAGAGUGUAUUACAGCUGAAGGGCCUGACCCCCACUGGUGCUCUGCCACUUGGAGCCUUAUCUGGAGGCAAAGCGUCACUCAAAAACGUGGCGAUUCAGCGAAAGAAAAACCGAACAAUGGCAGGAUUUUCACCCAACCACAAGAUUACAUCCUUCGAGGAGGCUAAGGGGCUUGAUGCCAUGAAUGAGCGCAUGCCCCCCAGGAAGGACGCUCCAGCUCCGCCUCCAGUCACCUCUUCCCCUUCCACAGUAGAUGAUGCCAGCUCCAACUCCUCCAACACAGCACCCAACACCCACUUGUGAAACCCACAGCCUCAGGUUGGUUUGGUGUGUGAAUGUAGGUGAUGAAAUGUCAACAUCCUGCUGAUCUCAAGUACGGGGUGACUGCUAGCAGGGUGAGGCUGCCUGGCCAGUUAUUGGUUGUGAUGCAAGUCUUGCCUCAGCCCCUGGUGGGCCCCACUGGCCAGCCAACCCCACUAGGCAUCUUGCCGAGCCCUUGCCGCUGCCGCCCUUACCGCUGCCGUUGGCUGGGGCUAGGCUGGGCCGGGUCGCGGGCCAAGUGAUCGAAGGCCCAUCGGUGCUGCCACCAUGGAGGGUGCAGAAUAGUGUGGCAGAUGCGGCCUGGCCGGCCCCAGGUCGUCGGCACCCAAGCUGCUGCUGCUAGAGACUUUGACCCAGUCACCCAACCCCCUCCAGUGUCCUAUCCAGUACACUGUCAGGCUACCACCCUCUGUGUUGCCUACACUGUCGGCUUUCAGUUGCACCCUUCCUACCCAUUGUGUUGGUGAUGUGAGUGAGGACCAUGACUGUUCCCAUGGGGGCUGCUAGGGUUGCCACCAUUAACCAGGAGCCACCAUAGGCUCAGGAAUAAUGGAUAGCCACUGGACAGGUGUUAGCAUGGUGGUGUGUGAAAUGUCAACCCUCCAGCAAGGCCAUACUGACCAGGAGUUACCAGCUGCAGUGUCUGUCCAGGUUGUGUCACAUACUAACAAUGAUACGUCUACAUUGAAACAU